AUGAAGGCGAUCAUCUUCUUGUUGGCUCUCGCCUUUGCGGGAAGUGAACAUGUCAACAGAUUUGAUCCCAAGUUCUCUGAAAACAAGGUGCACACUUACAAAUACGAUGGUGUGAUUCUGACUGGACUACCGGAGAAAGGCUUGAACAGAGCUGGUAUUAGAAUUAGCAGCAAAGUGAAAAUCAGUGCACUUGGGUCAAAUCAGUUCCUUCUUCAGCUUGAAAACCCUCAGCUUCAAGAGCUGAAUGGGAUUUGGCCCAAAGACCCGUUUUCAUCUCUCCGUCAGCUGACAAGUAAACUGACCCCACACCUGAUCACGCCUGUGAAGUUUGAGUACAAAAGUGGCCGAGUGGGAUCUAUCUUCGCUCCUGAAAAACUACCUGAAGAUAUCUUGAGUAUCCACAAAGGAAUCCUGAACAUUUUGCAGAUCACCAUGAAAAAAUCCCAAAACUUCUAUGAUUUGCAAGAGGCUGGAAUUGAAGGAAUCUGCCAUGCAAGAUACAUAGUUCAAGAGGACAGGAGAAAUGAACGUUUGAUUAUUUCAAAAGCAAAAGACCUCACCAACUGUCAAGAGAGGAUUUUAAAACAAACCGGAACAGUUUACACCCAGCUCUGCCCUUCCUGUCAACAGAGAGGCAAGAAUAUUCGUGCAUCUGCUGCUACCACCAUUGUCCUGAAACCUACAUCUACAGGUGCAAUCAUUCACGAAGCCAGGUUACGAGAGGUUCAUCAAUUUACACCAUUCCAUGAACUUGAUGGGACUGUUCAAUUAGAGGCCAGGCAAAGCCUUAUCUUGGAGAAGAUCACAUCUCAGUCCAUGGAGUCUGUACCAGAAAUGUCAAAACGUGGAAACUUACAAUAUCGCAGUGUGAACAGUGUUCUCCAGCAACCAAUCCAGCUGCUUAAGGAGCAGAAUUUGAUCACACAGGUGAAAAAUACCUUGGUUCACAUGGCUCAGCACAACGUGCAGGAAAUUCAAACCGAUGCACCAAAUCGACUCAUUCAACUUGUCCAGUUACUCCGCUUAAUUCCAUACCGCUCCUUCGAAGACAUUUGGCAAGAACUUAGCCAACAGCCUGAACAAAGGCACUGGUUCCUCGAGGCACUUCCUGCUGUUGGAAGAAUUGAAUCUCUGAAAUUCAUAAAGAGCAAAAUUCAAGAAUCAGAGAAUGUCAAAGCUGAACUAAUUCAGGUUCUCGUUCUCGCUAUGCACCAAAUUAGAACUGACCGAGAUGUUCUAAACUUAGCGAUGGAAAUCAUUAAGCUUCCACAAAUUACACGUCACUCCCUUUCUCGCAAACUUGUAUUCCUUGCCUAUGGUUCCAUGGUUUUCAGGCAAUGUGCACAGAAAUCAUCUUGCCCCGCUGAUUUAUUAAAACCUAUCCAUGAUUUACUCAUCGAUGCCAACAGUCGGCCACUUGAUGAGGGCAUUGUUCUGGGCCUCAAGGCAAUCGGCAAUGCGGGGCAGCCAGAAAGCAUCAAGAACAUUUUGAAGCUACUACCUGGAUAUGGCACAGCGGCUACCAAUCUCCCACUGAAAGUCAGAGUUGACGCUAUCCUGGCUUUGCGCAACAUUGCAAGAAAAGACCCACGCAUUGUGCAACGUCUCGCUAUCCAGAUAUUCCUCAAUUUGAAGAAUGAUCCUGAAGAAAGAAUCAUGGCUUGUGCAGUACUCUUUAGCACCAAACCACCUCUGCCUUUAGUAUCCAUUGUGGCUAACUCACUGCUAUAUGAGACCAGUUUGCAAGUGGCAAGUUUUACUUACUCACACAUGAGAGCUCUGUCCAGAAGUUCCCUUCCAUCCAUCAAUUCACUGGCUGCUUCCUGCAAUCUACUCUUGAAAAUCUUAAGUCCCAAACUUGAUCAACUUGGUUCCCGAUUCAGCAAGGUUUACAGGGGUGACACAUUCAUGUACCGAAUGAUGGCAGGAGCAUCUGCUAAGGUUCUUUUGAUUAGGACUUCUAGUAGUGUCAUUCCUAAAGCACUCUUGGCCAAAGUCAGAGGUCAUGCUCUUGGAGCUUCAUCAGAUUUAAUCGAGGUUGGUUUACGAGCAGAAGGUCUCCAGGAGAUCAUGACGAAAGCUCCUUCACAACAUCUCAACAAAAUUGACAGCAGAAAUAUUCGUCGUAUCUUAAACAAGAUGAUAAACUGGAAACAAUUACCAGAAGAGAAACCUCUGGCUUCAGCAUAUUUGAAACUGUUUGGUCAAGAAUUAGCUUUUGUACAGCUCAGAAAGGACAAUAUUGAUGGACUUAAACAGAGUAUCUCUGAUCGAGCCAAUAAAUAUGCACAAAAACUUAAAGAGGGGGUCAGCUUCAAGCCAGCCAAGGCAUUGGUACCUGCUGAGAUGCGGCAUGUGGUACCUACAGCUAUCGGUCUGCCAAUGGAACUGGGCAUCAUUUCAGCUGCUGUAGCAAUGUCCAAAGUUUAUGUCAAAUCUGAAAGCAAAAUCGAUACCAUUCAACAGCUGCUCUCUUCCAAAGUUCAACUGAAUGCAAACCUCAACCCAAGUGUGUCUGUACAAACCAGAGUAUUCAUGGGAAUAAAUAUGCCUCACAUCCAAUCAGGAAUUGAGCUCCGAGCAAACGUCCGUUCAAUUAUUCCCGUGACUAUAACUGCGAAGAUAAACAUAAAAGAUGGAAAUUUCAGGAUUGAGAGUCUGCCAGCUGAAAAGGAGAACAGGAUUCUAUCUAUGACUUCUCAGGUUUAUGCUAUUUCAAGAAACAGUGAGAAUUUGCAGGCUGAGAAAAUUACCCCAAUUUUACCCGUGACACGAAUAAAUAAUAUUUCAAGACAAAAGUUUACAUCUUCAAUGUCCAAAUCUGGAUCAGUAAGCAAACCAGUUGUGUCACAUCUGUCUCCAGAAACACUGUCUGACCAAGUUCCAUGCUCUGAAGAGGAGCAGACGUCACGUGUUGCAAAUCGCGCAUCCUAUCGCACGUGUGCAGAAGCAACUAAAUUUGGCCUCAAAGCCUGUGUGGCUGCAAGAAUGGAAAAUGCCCUUUCCAUCAAACACAGCCCACUGUAUCGGUUAAUUGGAGAGCAUAGUUUGAAUGUAUCAAUUGCACCAGCUAAUUCAGCAUCAGAUAUUGAAAAGAUUGUGUUGGAGAUACAAGCAGGAUCCAAAGCAUCUUCAAAAAUAAUUCGACUUUCCGACAAACAGUCAGCCCCAAGUAAAGUUGCCAGCAAUAGUCAAAGUCUUACACUGAUGAAACAGCAAAGAGUUAACAGCACUGCUUCGAGGUCAAGUUCCAGCAGCUCUUCCACAAUGUCAAGAAUGACACACUCUCGAAGCUCAUCAUCACCAUCAACAUCAUCAUCAUCAUCAAGCCAUCGAAGCAGACAUUCAGCGACAAUCAGAAUUCCUGGAAGGAAGUCCAUGAGCUUGUCCAGCAGGAGCAGCAGCAGCAGCAGCAGCAGCAGUAGGCGCAGUAGGACCAGUAGGACCAGUAAGACCAGUAGGAAGAACAGUAGGAAGAACACCAAGAGCAGUGCAACUAUCAGUAAGCCAUCCAGCAGCAAAUCCACCAGUAGCAGGCGGACCACCAGUAGCAGGCGGACCACCAGCAGCGGGCGGACCACCAGCAGCAGACGGACCACCAGCAGCCAGAGCAGCAGGUGGACCAGCAGGAGGCGGAGCAGCAGCCACCCCAGCUCUUACACUUCGUACACAGUCAGAAGUCGGACAUCACAACGCUCCUUCAUUUCAGCAUCUAGCCAGAGCGAAAGCCGUGUGGUCAGGCGAAGACAUAGCUCAAGACGGAGGUCAAGUAGUAGUAGUCGCAGUCACAGUCACAGUGAAUCUAUCCUCAAAGAAUCUGCACAGCGCUAUUUGAUUAACAAGCUGGGUGCUCCUUCCCUCGUUAUCCUGCUUCGAACCAGGAGGUCUGAUAGCCGACAACAAGGUUACCAGCUCACGGGAUACGGGAAAAUAUCGUCACGCUUGCCUCGGGUGCACUUGCGUUUGGUGGAACUGAACGAAUCCAGUAACUGGAGAGUCUGCGCCGAUGCAGCGAUGCCCAGCUCCCAUAAAGUGCUGACAUCAGCAAGGUGGGGUGAAAACUGUGAGAGAUACAGAGUUUCCGUGAGAUUAUCCAGUGGUCGUCUUGCAAGUCAUCCAGCAGUUAAGGUCAAAAUGCAAUGGGGAAAGAUUCCUGACACUCUGAAGUAUAAUGCAAGGGUGGUUGGUGACUAUCUCCCAGGAUUGGCCUAUGCAUUAGGAUUCUCUCAAACCUACCAACGCAAUCCUUCUCGUCAGAUUACAACAUUGGUGGCCCUAACUUCUCCACAAUCGAUUGAUACAAUCAUCAGACUGCCCCGGAUGACAGCCUACUACCAGGGUUUGCAGAUUCCUACAUCAUUGCCCAUGCACGCAAUAAGUGUACGCGUUCAACAAAAAGGCUUCAGUGGUGUGACUGAAAUUCAGGACAUGCUUCUGAAAAUAGAUGAACAUGUAUGUAUCGCAGAAAAUGAUACUGUUACAUCCUUUGAUGGGUUAGAAAUGAAGAAACGAUUACCUAACAGAUGUUACCACGUCCUGACCCAGGACUGUUCAGAAACUCCAAGCUUCAUAUUAUUGGUGAGACAAGCUAAAUCUGACCAGCAACAGAAGGAAAUAAAAUUGUUGCUGGCUAAGAACAACACGGUCAUUGAAGCAAUCCCUGGGCAAAAUGGAAUAAAGUUGCUUAUCAAUGACAAUGUGCAAGAUUCUAAUCAGAAAAUUGAAGAACUGGCUGGCCUUGUAUCUAUUCAUCAGAAUGAUACUGGAAUUAUUUUAGAGGCACCUUCAAUCAAUAUUGACCAAUUAUACUUUGAUGGAACUAGAGUUCAGAUUGUGCUUGCACGGAUGUUAAAGAAAACAUGUGGUAUUUGUGGACGUAAUGAUGGUGAGAAAAAAAUGAUCAUGCCAAAUCAUGCAGAAGCUUCAGAUGUUGAGCGCCUUUUCGACUCAUGGACAUAUCCAGGACAAUCCUGCACAGAUGAGUGCACAGUUAGAUCAGAAUUUGUGCAAUUAGGAAAGGUCAUGGAAUUUGAAGGGGUGGAAUCCAGAUGUUACUCUGUUGAAGCAGUCCAACGAUGCCUGGAAGGCUGUACACCACUUGAAACACGAUCUCAGCUUAUCAAUUUCCACUGUGUUCAAGCCAAUGUUACUGUACGUGAUGCUACGAUCUUCAGUCGGAAACCUGCAGAUAUACGCAGUUCAGUGGAUUCCCCUAGUAACUGUAUGUGCAAAUGUACUUAA